AUUGUAGGACUUCUUUAUUUUAAGCCUUGGCAAGUGGGACAGAUGCACUGACCUUCUUUUCAUGUUGUUCUUCUUAUCAUUCUUGGGUUCUGUUUAUUUUCACAAAGGAUCGGUGAAACAGGGGGCUGGAUGUCCUCAGACCCCCUGCACACUUUGAAGACCACUGAGCAGACUAAGAUUCUACAAACACACAGCACAGAAGGCCUGAAGAGGAAAGUCAGCUGAAGCAGCAGCUGAACAAACCAAACAGAUGGGGGUGGUGGUCCUUGUAUGGUCACUGGUUGCCUUGAGCCAUGUCCUGCUGCUGACCCAGGCACAAAGCGUGUUGAGGUUGAACUCUGGCCUGAGGGUGAUCCGAGGCCAGAGUGUUCCUGUGACUACAGAAGAACUCCAGUUCAACACUGACGAGACCUCUGAGGCCUGCAAAGUGGAGGUGGUCCUCAAUGAGCCUGUGACUCAGAGGGUGGGAAAACUUACUCCACAGGUAUUUGACUGCCAUUUUCACCCUGAUGAGGUGAAAUAUGUCCAUAAUGGAAGCCCAUUAUUGGAAGAGGACACUGUCAUGCUGAGAGUCUAUAGAUUCACGCAUUCAGAGACAUUCACUGAGACAUUCCUAUUGAAGGUUCAGGUCUUAGGAACUCAGCAGAGUCUGGUAGAGUUCGGGAAAGUUCCUCUGGUGGUUCCGGAGUUUUACGGCCUCUCUAACGCCAUCGACAGCAGCGUGUUGACCUUCAGAUCCGAGCCUAAUGUGAUCUGUAGCGUCCGUCUUCUCAAUUCUGAGAUUAGCAUCCCUAUGUUGGGUCAGAUCAUUAAAGAAGAUCUGGUGCAGAGAGAUCAAGCAUCUGAGGUGAUCCCUGGACUGAGAAAAGGUCGACAAACAGCUAUUUCUUGCCCUGGAAAUAAAGCCUGUGUUCAUAACACCAGAGAGGUACGUUUCCUGAAGACCAGCUGCAAUGAGUUCCUCUCUUCAGGCUUAAAAUAUCAACAUCUCAGUCCUCCUUCACCUGAAAUCGACUAUGUGCCGAUCCGAGUGGAACUCAGAGAUCAAAACACUCGUGCCCUCUUGAAGGCAGAAAGUGUUUGGCUUCCAGUCCUGAUCCAUGGAGCCAUGCAGAACCAGCCUCCUAACGCUGCUUUCAUGUCCAUGUUCAUCCUAGAAGUAGAUCAGUUCAUCCUGACCCCUAUGACCACAGCUGCUCUGGAUGCCAAAGACGAUGAGACCCCUCAGGCUCAGCUGGUGUUUAACGUGACCAAACCUGCAGCAGAGGGCUACAUCACACAUCUGGAUGAUCACACCAAGCCAGUGUUCUCCUUCUCUUGGCAAGACUUGAAUGAGAUGAAGAUUGCGUUUCAGCCCCCAAACAGCAGCCACACCAGUAGAAAGACCAUUGAGGUUGAUUUUCAGGCUAUUGAUGGCUUCUUCACAUCUAGUCCUCCUAUUAUGCUGCAUAUCUCAAUUCGCACAGCGGAAACAAACGCUCCACGAGUCUCCUGGAAUCUGGGGCUGGAUCUCCUGGAAGGUCAGUCCAGACCAAUCACAUGGGAAAACCUGCAGAUUGUCGACAAUGACAACAUAGACAGCGUCGUUCUGGUGGCUGUGGAUGGGCCUCUGCAUGGACGACUCAGUGUUCGAGGUGGAAAGGGAUUCAUGUUCAGGGUGAAGGACCUGCGUGAGGGUGUGGUGGUUUAUCAUCAUUCUGAUAGCGACACCACGAGGGACUACAUCGUCUUCCGAAUCACAGACGGGCGCCACAGCAUUCGACACAAGUUCCCCAUCAACAUCCUUCCCAAAGACGACACUCCUCCUUUUCUAAUCAACAACGUAGCGUUUGAGGUGCAGGAGGGGGGUUCGGUGCUGGUGGAGGAGUAUAUGCUUAUGGCUUCAGAUUUGGAUUCCAGUGAUGACUAUAUUCACUACCAGCUGGUUACUUUCCCCAGUGCAGGAAACAUAGUCAGGAAAAACUCCGCACAUGAACCAGGUGUUCCGGUGAAGGCGUUUAUGCAGAGGGACAUAUUACAGGGCCUGAUCUACUACAAACACACAGGAGAGGAGAUCUUUGAGGACUCUUUUGAUUUCAUCCUCUCUGACAUCCAUGAACCCCCAAAUCUAUCAGACAGACAUACAGUGGUGGUCCACGUGUUCCCUGUGAAAGACCAGCUGCCAGUGGAGGUCUCCGGUACAAUCCGUUCCAUCACAGUCAAAGAGACCGAGCUUGUUUAUAUUACACAAAACCACCUUCACUUCCAAGUCCCCGAGCACCCAGAAACUGACCUGAUGUACUUCAUCACGCAAUCCUGUUUCAGCCCUACCAAACCUCAGCUACCAGAUGCCGGUAGACUCUUCUACACAGAAACGACAAAAUCCAUGAAAAAAGACGCCAUGAUUCCAGUGCUUAAGUCAUUUACUCAGCAAGCAGUGACGCACCAUAAAAUAGCCUACAUGCCCCCUAUAGAGGAUAUUGGUCCCGAGCCACUCUUCGUGCAGUUUGUCUUCUCUGUAAAUGACCAGCAGGGCGGCGUGCUCACUGGACUUAUCUUCAACAUCACAGUCAUGCCUGUGGACAAUCAGGUUCCAGAGAUGUUCACUAACCUACUGAGGGUGGAAGAAGGAGGAAGUAGUUUCCUGAUGGAGGAGCACCUGUUGGUGCGUGAUGCCGACAGCCCGAAGGAGAAGCUCAGGGUGCAGGUGCAAACACAGCCCCGAUGUGGCAGACUGGAGCUGCAAGGUGUGAUGCUAUUAGAAGGGGAAGGCUUCUACCUACAGGACCUAAAAGGACUGAGAGUCAGGUAUAUCCAUGACGACUCUGAAACCACAAGCGACAGCAUAGGUCUUAUGAUUACAGAUGGAAUCAAUUCAGCUCAGAGUGAACUUCUAGUCCAGAUCCUCCCUGUGAACGAUGAGCCCCCACAGCUGAGAUUAGGCCUGAGAGAUGAGCUCUCCUGCAUGGAAGGCAGUCGUACACAGAUUACGUCCGAGUACUUAUUUGCUACAGAUGCAGACAGCGACGAUACCCGACUUACCUACAUGCUGGCUCGGACUCCGGCCCGUGGGGUGCUGCAAAGGAACGGAGUCGUCGUGGACAAGUUCACUCAGCUCGAUGUGCUCAAUGGACUCAUCUUUUACCUGCACACAGGAGGUGAAAUUGGUCCAGAUCCCAUAUCAGACACUAUUACUCUUAUAGUUUCUGAUGGAGAGGCCGGGACUGACGGUUGCUGCCAGGAAGACGCAGUCCCACCACCUGUUCCUUUACAUGGCACACUUCCCGUCUAUGACCUUAAUGUCACCGUGAUUCCUGUCAACAACCAGGCACCAUCCAUAACUAUAGCAAACAUGUUAGCGGUGGAGGAGGGAUCGAGUGCGUGUCUCUGUGGUGAUCUGCUGAUGGCUACAGAUCCUGACACUAAGCCAGACCAAUUAAACUUCUUCCUGGAGAUCCCACCUCUGUAUGGCUUCCUGGAGAACACUCUUCCCUCGCCUGGCUUUGAGAAAAGCAAUGCUGGCAUACAAGUGGUUUCUUUCAGCCAGCUUCACCUCAGCUCUGGAUUUAUCAACUACGUCCAGGCAAUUCACCAUGGUGUGGAGCCCAGAUCUGACCACUUCAGUGUUAGUGUCAGUGACGGAGUCUAUAAGUCUGAACCCGUACCACUCUACAUCGUUGUCAACCCCACGAAUGAUGAGACUCCAUCUUUGUUUUUGCACAACUUUACAGUCAUGGAAGGAGGAAUGAAAGAUCUCAACCCUGCCUUUCUAGACGCUGUAGACCUUGAUGCUCCACCAGAUCUUCUGAGCUUUACCAUCCUUGUUCCUCCUGCUCAUGGGUCUCUGUUGCAUGGGAUCUAUGGGCUUGACAUGAGUCGCUAUAAGGAUAUUGGCCCAGAGAUUCUUCAGCGGAGACUCCCGGUGCACUCGUUUAUGUUACAAGCACUGCGACAAGGAAUGAAGAUCAUGUAUAUGCAUGAUGACACGGAAACACGUGAGGACACUUUCAGCAUGCAGCUGACAGAUGGCAGGCACACUGUCCAGGGGACGGCAUGGGUCCACAUCCUACCGGUCAAUGAUGAAAAGCCCCGGCUAAUAAAAAACGCAGGUUUAGAAGUUCAGGCUUUGGAGAGUAGAAUCAUCUCAAGUGUGGCGCUGGAGGCGGAAGAUCGUGACACCCCUAGUAACCAGAUCUACUAUGUUCUUAAUAUGACCCCCAGAUUUGGCCUUCUUCAACUCAAGAUAGAGGCUGGAUUUACGAACCUAAAUGCGGGUCAGAACUUCACACAGGACGAUAUAGAGAUGAACCGCCUGCUGUACAAACACACAAACUUCAGUGGGUUCAAAGGGCAUGACCGCUUCCACUUUUUCCUCAGUGAUAGUGACAAUGAGACCCCUUCACAGGGUUUCUUCAUCGCUGUCCAAACUGUUCAGAAAGGUGAUAUUGCGCUGAUCACUAAACCCAUGACCAUAUCGGAGGGACAGAGGGUUGUACUGACCACAGACGUCCUCAUGGCUACAGAUAGUGGAAGCCAGUCAGUCGAGCUUGUCUACACCAUCACCGUUCCUCCCAAACAUGGACACCUACACAUGGUCCAGCACCCUGGAAUCCCUCUGCUCUCCUUCACGCAGAUGGAUGUGGCUUCACACCGGGUGUGCUACACUCACGACAACAGUCAUUUCACUGGCGACGAUUCCUUCAGCUUUGACAUCAGCAAUGGUGUGACCUCCAUCAGGAGUAUCCUUACCUUCACAGUGGAGCACCAUGACCGUAUCCCACCCACCCUGAACAUCAACACUGGCCUCCAGCUUACCGAAAGAACCACGAGAACCAUCUCAUCAGAACACCUGCAGCUCACAGAUCCCGACACAGCCUUGGAGAACCUUACCUUCACUGUCGUUCAACCACCGCAGUAUGGCAAGCUACUAUCAAAGGGCUUUCCCAUGUCCCCGAUCCGAUUCACGCAAUUAGACAUAAACAGCAUGCAUCUGAGCUACCAGCACCUUCACAGCUUCGCUAGGAUUGACAGGUUCACUUUUCAGCCAUCAGAUGGAACCAAUAAAGGCUAUCUGGAAUACGGACAGCUGAAGGAGCAAGCGGCGGUUUUUACCAUACAGAUAGAGGUCUUAGACAAGACUCCUCCACACCUUGUAAAAAAAGGGACACCCAGUACAGUGGAGUAUCUACAAACCUACCAGCAGGGAAUUUAUAUCACCUCCAAAGACCUCCAGGCUUCAGAUGUGGACAGCCCUGACCAGGAGCUCGAGUUCAUCAUCACAAGGCCUCCACAUUUUGGAUAUCUUGAGAACGCCAUCACAGGUGGAUUUAUUAAAGGACGCUUCACCCAAAAGGAUGUGGACCAGAAAGCAGUCCGCUACGUUAUUCCUUCAGACAUGGAAGUGACAGCAGACAGCUUUGAGUUCCAGCUUACUGACCAAGCAGGCAACAUCAUGCUUCCAGAAGUAAUGGAGCUCCGAUGGUCCCGGGUGGAGCUGACGGCUUCCUGUUAUCGCGUGUGUGAGAACGCAGGAACUCUAGCCGUGCAGGUGAUGCGCAGUGGGAACAGCGUAGACCCUGCCUAUGUUGGCAUCCAGGUGGAAGAUGGUACGGCCAAGAGGGGGAAGGACUUCACUCACAGCUCGGCUAGUCUGAUCCAGUUUGAUCCAGGAGUCACUGUCAAAUUUUGGAAUAUUUACCUCAAAGAUGACGGGCUGGAGGAGAACCAUGAGAAUAUGGAGGUGGUGCUGAAAGCCCAGAAGAACGUUGUUUUAGGUGCAAUAAGCAGAGCCUCAGUGGAAAUUGUGGAUCCCAGGCAUGAUAGAUGUGACCCAGAUGACCUGAUUGUUGAGAAUGACGAGAAAAACGUCCUGUCCUACAUCCUCCACGGAUCCACAAGCCUCCACCUCCUCCUCCACCGACGCAAGGAGCAGGGGAAGAUGACUACACACCAGAUCCAAAUACUGGGAUUGUAUGGGAGAAUUAUCAACCAAGAGGCGAUGUCCCAUACCGCACACAGUACAUUCGCUUCCGUGGUACGGAGGCAGCGGACCAGCCAUUCCCCAGCCAAGGAAGGAGACAGCUAAGAGUGCUGGGAAAUAAUCGAUCUGGAGCGAGAGAGGAAUCUUCACAUAAAAAUUCGCACCAUAGAUUAAUUUCUGUAAGGCCAGAGAUGAAGAUACCAGUGCCUCGUGUCCACCCAGAAGUUGAGAUCACUCCAAUCUGGAACUGGCCUGAAUUUUCUGCUGACUCCAGACCGCUGGAGAACUUCCAGAGAGACACAUUUUCUACCGGCUUCACUUCAGCUCUUUACCAGCACAAGUCUGCAAAGGCUGUUAGUGUUGGUUGUCCUCCUGGUUGGACCCAUUACAGAAAGCAUUGCUACAUCCUGGGCCCGGGUGUAGCCAGCUGGAGGAAUGCUCAGCAUGCAUGCACGGUUCUUGACAGUCACUUGACGAGUGUUCGAUCGAAGAAUCAUAUGAAAUGGCUGUGGAGGUUUGCUGGAAAACAACCAUUUUGGAUUGGACUUUCUGGAUCCCCAGGCCGGUGGUCUUGGGCUGACAGGACAGCAGUGAAGUUCUCCAAACUUAAGGAGAACACGGCUACAGACCAUUAUGGCUCCUCAGACAGCUGUGUGCUAGCGCGGGGUCAGAAAAUAUGGACCACAGAAAACUGUACAACAAUAGCAGAAUACAAAUAUAUUUGUGCAGAAAGAGGUGCAGAAGAGAACAUAUAGAGACAAUGAAUAUAUCUUUAUUGAACAUAUGCCAUUGUUUUCUAACUUGUAAACCAUAAAUAAAUAUUUGAUAU